AUGACCACCAACAACGAACCGUGCGAACCAGAUCUACCAAGACUUCAGUUCUACAUCUUUGGACAUAAUAUCGCCCACUCGCUUUCACCUACGAUUCACAACGCCGCCUUCAAAGAACUCGAGCUGCCCUACUAUUACAGUAUCUUCGAGACCGAUCAUGUGGAAAACAGUGUGGAGGCGUUGAUCCGCCGAUCUGACUUUGGCGGCGCUUCAGUAACAUUUCUUCACAAGCUGCAAGUUGCAAAGCUCCUGGACUCGCUCAGCCCGUCAGCAGAGCUCAUAGGGGCGGUCAACACCAUCGUGGUCGAGGACUCUGCAGACGGGCGUCGACUUGUUGGAGAGAAUACUGACUGGCUGGGGAUCCGACAGUGCAUCAAGAGCAACGCCAUGGUCGAGCCAUCAUCUAGCAGUGCAGUAGUUCUUGGAGCUGGUGGUGCUGCACGUGCUGCCUGCUUUGCCGUUCAGGCAUUGGGUGUACAUCGGGUGCUCCUUGUCAAUCGAACGCUAGAGAGAGCAAGGAGACUGGCAUCUCAGAUGACCAAAGAAGGCACACCAAUUGAUGUAUUCUCGACGCUUGAAGAGGCCUGCAUUGCUACCGAAAAGCCGAUAUCGAUUGUAGUCGCAUGCAUUCCAGCCGACGACUUCGGCGAAGACAGAAUCCCGGAGGAUCUAUUUCGGCAAUCCGAGCGAGGAGUCUUGGUAGAGAUGGCCUACCGCCCACGUAUGACUGGCAUGAUCACAGUUGCUGGCCGGCAUCCUGGUUGGAAGGUUGUGAGAGGCAUUGAUGUCCUCGCAGAGCAAGCAUACGCCCAAUUCGAACUGUGGACUGGGAAGCAGGCUCCUAUCGAUGUUAUGUUGAGAGCAAUGAAAGAGAAGGUCGCCACGAAAAUUUAG